UACGCCUUGGAGGCCUCGUCAAAUCCUUAGCCGAGCAGAUAAGAACUUCUCUACUCAAACCUCAGUACUCACUCCACAUUUUUUACAUUCGAUAUGCCCUUCAAUUAGAUCUUCUCGAAGGGCUUGAAUAUGAUCCUAAAUGGAUGCUCCUUGAGUUCUGGGGUUAUUUGUAAACCUUACAAGGCAUGUAGCUCCAAGUCCUAUCGAUCUGCAUCUUCAUGCCCCCCUCUGCUACCUUCCAAGGUUAUUGUCACAUGUGUUAGACAUUCACUGGCACCUCAUCAGUAUCCAACAUCCUGCUCCAAAGGAUUCAGCUUCCUUGAUCUUUCUUCUGCAUCAUCACUUCUUUUAAGCGGUGGAUAUGGUGGUCUUUCGAAUGCUAUACCCCGGUUACCAAGGCGAAGCCAAUAUUCCUUUUCCCCUAGAGCAUCGAAGGAUGUACCCUAUAGUUACAGAUUCCCUCCGAUGACCAAAAAGCCAAGGUGGUGGUGGAGAACCUUAGCAUGCCUCCCUUACUUGAUGCCUCUUCAUGAGACUUGGAUGUAUGCUGAGACUGCAUAUCAUCUCCACCCCUUCUUGGAAGAUUUUGAGUUCCUAACAUACCCUUUCCUUGGAGCUAUUGGGAGAUUACCGAGCUGGUUUUUAAUGGCAUACUUCUUUGUUGCUUAUCUUGGUAUAGUGAGGAGAAAGGAAUGGCCUCAUUUCUUUAGGUUUCAUGUGGUGAUGGGGAUGCUACUGGAGAUUGCUCUACAGGUUAUUGGGACUAUAAGCCGUUGGAUGCCACUUGCGGUAUACUGGGGCAAGGUUGGCAUGCACUUUUGGGCUGCCGUCGCAUUUGCCUAUCUGUUCACAGUUUUAGAGUCCAUAAGAUGCGCACUUGCUGGGAUGUAUGCUGACAUACCAUUUGUGUGUGAUGCAGCUUAUAUUCAAAUACCCUAUGAUUAAUGAAAGCCAACAUAUAGGGUUUAAACAGAUGAAAUUACGUUUCUUAUGCCGUUUUGGUAGAGAACAUCGAGGCUGGGUGGUGCUGAAUUUUUAACAUUCAAUGAUCACAAUCUCUUGGGGAUUGCCUUAUGGUCUGUAACACUCACUUUAUACCAUUGCUGUUUUUUCCUCUCCCAUUCUCCGAAGGUAUUGAUUAAGUUCUCAUUGGUUUUCA